AUGUUCUACAGCCAUGAAAUUCUCACCUCUCGAAAACAUGGUAUCGCAACAGUAUGGCUUGUUGCGACUCUAGGUAGUAAAUCAUCAACUAAGAAAAUCACCCGAAAAGCCAUCCUCGACGUUGAUGUCAAGAAAGCCUGUAAUACAAUCCUCGAACCUGACGCUCCUAUGGCAUUACGUCUACAGAGCAAUCUAUUGUAUGGGGUUUCUAGAGUCUAUGGUCAACAGGUUGGCUACGUUUUAAGUGAUACUAUUCAUGUUGAGCAGAAUUUGAGGGGACUUGGAAAAAAGUUAAUCGGAAGCUUGGAUUUGGAAAUUGUGAAGGUUAAACCAGCUCAAUUGAUGCUCGUGGAUGAUCCUGCAUUUGAUCCAGAUCUUCCACUCCCAGAUUUGUUUUUAGAUUACAAUUUUGACAUCGAUGCUCACCAGUCGCAAAAUCGGGAUUCGCAAGUUUCAUUGUCGAUUCACUCACAACGCGGACGAGGUAGCUCCCUUUCCUCUUCUCAAGGCGCUUCCAUUAUGGGCUUGAAUAUUUCUUCAAGUCUCAGUGCCGGCGGCUACCAGCUUCCUCUCAACGAUCCAUUUGUGAAGUCUUCCGCGCUAAAACCGGGCACUCGGAGAGAUGAACUUGACGACGAAGCUAUCUUGUUCGAAGACAAUGAUCUGUUUGAGAUCGAUCAGGACGGAGAAAUUAGAGAUCUGACAGCUCAAGAUAUUGUCGCUCGACGGGCAGCAAAUAUAAGUGCAGCUCCGAGGUUUGGUAGUGACUCGGCUGCUAGUGUAAGAGUUCGCAAAGAACAUGAUGAUGCUAGGCUUCGACAUGGAGAUAACGCUCGUAUAUACGACGAAUAUGGAGAUUUGAACAUUGUGUAUGGAGAUGAUGAUGACAGAAUUGUGUUACCUGAUGCGGAGCCUUUCGAAGUCUUCAUGAGUGGUGCUCUACCUGCUCCUUUGCCGGGGCGCGAGCGGUCACUCUCACAGUCUGAAGAUUCGUCAUCUGAAAGCGCAGCCGCACCUUCACGUCCUAGAAAGCCCAAGACCAAGAAACAACUUCCUAUCGACCAAACCCAAGAACUCAAGAAUUCAGUUCUUUCAAUCUGGCAAAGAGAGUACGUCGAUACUCAAGACAGUCUCCGUGCAGCAAAGUUGACAGCGAAGGGAAACACAUUGGCCAAGCAAAAUGCUCUCAUGUUCGUGAUUGGAAAUGGUCUCAAUGGUGCUGGAAUUGGAAUUGGUUCAACAAAACUUCCGGGCCCUUUGAGUAUGUUUUCGGGUAAUGCGCUUCUUGCAAAGAUUACAGGGCGAGUGUUGAGUUCUUCUAAACGUCAAGCAGACUUCGAAGGGGAAGACAAUAUUCCUAAUAAGCGAUCUCGCCAUGUUUCCGACGAAGAAAUUCCUCGUGAUUUCAGGGGUGACGACGAAUUCGCCAUUCAAGUUGACGACGAGCCAUUCGGUACUCCAGUCGAGGUGGAAAUAGGUAGAGAUGCAGCGGAGGGAUUAGCCGAAUAUCCAAGCAGUGCGAUGAUGCCAUGGAACUUGUCUGCCAGUCAGAGAGCUCGCUCUUCAAGUUUACGCCCCGCUUCAUCGCUCAGACUCGGUAGCAGAGGAGUCUCUGCCAGUCCCUUGGUGGGAAGAGGUAACAUUUUGCCUGGUGGAGGCGAGUUGGAAAAGUUCUCUUCACAGCAGGAUGUUAUUAUGUAUGGAAGAAGUGAUGAUAUCAGCACCAAUAUGGAUGGGCAAAGUGCCGAUGGAACGAAUUUGGGAGCUUUUGAACGAGCAGACAGAGAGUCAAUUAGAGAGUUUGAAAUGUUCGGGCCCGCUGCAAAUGUGGAUACACAGACAGCAGGACAAAGCCAGUGGGCUAGAGACGUCAUGGAUACAGAAAGUGAGAAUUUCUUCGAAUUUGUCCGACUAUCCAUCGCAGAGAAAUAUGACGACGACGAAGACCUGUUUCACGAGGAUGGCCAGUUGAGAGAUAAGAAAGUGGGAUUCGAGGAGUUGUUCAACCCGGCGACGAAUAGUGAGGUUGUAGCAGCUCAGGCGUUCUUACACAUAUUAUCUUUGGCUACUAAGGGAAAAAUCUGGGUUGAUCAAGAUGAGGGUGAGAGUAUGGAUGUGGGAGGAAAUGGAUUGGGUGGGGAGAUUUGGUUGACAUGCUUGUAG